AUGUAUGAGGAAUUCCUCCACCUAAAACAGGAAAUGGCCACGGUCAUGGAGUACCACAAUCGAUUUCUUGAACUAGCUCGUUUCACGCCUGAAUUGGUGCCUACAGAGACGACCAAGAUAGAGAAGUUUGUGACAGGCUUCAACUUCGAAACUCGAAAGGCUCUAAUCGUAAGUAAACCCAGAACCCUUAACGAGGCCUACACCAGGGCCGCCAAACUCUACCGGAUCCAAAUUCUACAACGAGGAGUUCAGGAACAGACCCGCAAGAGGAAUACCGGAAGUGGGGGACCGCCUGUGAAAACAGCAAGAAACGACGCUAACACAAGGACGGUUAACCCACCUAAUCAAGGAUCGUCCAUAAGGAACAACGAACACAACGUAAGACCAUUCCUUUGCAGAAGAUGCAAUAAGGACCAUAGGGGCAAGGACUGCAUCGGAAACGCCCUGCAAUGCUUCAACUACGGGGGAGAAGGACAUAAGGCCUUCCGGUGCACUCAAUCCCCAAGCGCACGACCUACGGUCAUGGCCCAACAAGGAAACGCAAAUAACCGGGGGAAUUAUGGGGCCCUUGGAUAG